UUAGCCUGAGCUCACCGCAGUCUCGUGGUUGUCGGCAUCCCUCGAUGUUUAGACCAGAUCUCCCAAUCUCACCGGAAUCUCCAAAUUUGCCACUAUCAUGGGCACUGCAGACACAGCUGUUGUGAAAAAACAGGGGUGCGAAGGCAAUGACCUGCUGGACGAGUAUGGAGUAAAUUUAAAAAUUCUCCCAACCAACGCUCAAGUUAAAGAGCUCCAGACCAUCCUCCGCGACAAGAACACGACGAGAAGCGAUUUCAAGUUCUACGCCGAUCGUUUGAUAAGACUCGUUAUCGAGGAGAGUCUCAAUCAAUUGCCAUUUACUAAGUUUGUGGUGACCACUCCAACUGGCGCCAAGUAUAAUGGGCUCAAGUACCAGAAGGGGAAUUGUGGGGUGUCCAUUGUCAGGAGUGGAGAAGCUAUGGAACAGGGGCUCAGGGACUGCUGUCGUAGUAUACGAAUCGGGAAAAUCCUCGUCGAGAGUGACGCAGACACGCACGAAGCCAAAGUUGUUUACGCAAAAUUCCCAGACGACAUUGCCGAUAGAAAAGUCCUACUAAUGUACCCCAUAAUGAGCACAGGAAAUACUGUGAUAAAGGCCAUUGCGGUUUUGAAAGAGCAUAACGUCUCUGAAGAGAAUAUUAUUCUUUCGAAUUUAUUUUGCACGCCACCUGCUGCCAAAACUCUAGUCACUGCCUUUCCCAAGAUGAAAUUCUUAACGUCAGAAAUUCACAACGUCGCCCCGAACCACUUCGGACAGAAAUACUUUGGAUGUUCAAAUCGAGGAGAGAGGCUGUGAGAGGAGAUAAAAGUAAAAAAGGAGCGAAUAUUGAAUUAUUGAAGACAGUUGGGUGAGACGAAUAAAUUUCUAAAAAUAAUCAUUCCAACUCUGAAAAACUGAGGAUCACCUCGUGAAUUUCGUGAAAAUGUCCUAGUCAUAAUCAAUUCAUCAAUCUUACCAAAAAUGUUAUAGAAAUUAUAUCAAAGAAUAUUGUUAUCUAUCAUGUAAUAUUUUUAUUAGUAAAUUCAUGUAUUUAUAUAACA